AUGAAACCCCAAGUGCAACCUGUGUGCGGGUGCGCCAUGACCUCGCCGCCGCAGCCGCCGCCGGCGAAGAACCCCUCACCACUCCCCCCGACGACCAUAAGCGCCCUCGACCAAGACACCCUGCGCGAGAUCUUCCUCUGCCUCCCCUCUCUCCCGAGCCUCGUCCGCGCCGCCCUCAGCUGCCGCACCUUCCUGGACGCAGUCCGUUCGUCGCCCGCUUUCCGCCGCCGGUUCCGUGCGCUCCACCCACCCCCGCUCCUAGGCCACUUCCUCACCACCCAAGACACCACCAUCCCUACUUUCGUGCCUCUCCGCAGCCGCUCAGACCCGGACAUCGCGGCGGCCGUCCGCGGCGCUGAUUUCUUCCUCACCCGCCUCCCAGUCCUCAAAGACGACCGCGCCGUGUCCGUUCCUGUGCCCCCACCAGAAGACGACGACGAGGAUGCCGUCUCUGGCUCUCGAGACGAAGACGAGGAUCCCGUCCCUGAGUGGUCAGUCCAUGACUGCCGCGACGGAUUCGUUGUUCUCUACAGCUGGAGCACUCAGCAGAUCGCCGUCUACAACCCGCUCGCGCGGACCCUGGAUCUCUUCCCCCAGCCGCCUGGCCGGGAGGACUGCGAGGGCGACUAUUCUGAAUUCUACAUCCUCACCGAAAAAGAAGAAGACAACUUGCCGUGCCGCGUCGUGAGCGUCUGGCACGGUGAAUAUGGGGCGCGCGCCAUGGUCUUAUCAUCGGACACCAGUAAGUCGCAGAUUUUCCCAUGGGCAGACAUAGACGGGCUCUGGCCUCACAAUGGUAAGCUGGUGAAUGGCUGUAUCUAUUGGAAUAUUGGGAUGACUGAUGCCCCCGUGUUUAACACUGCUACAAUGCAAUUCUCUCUGAUGGAUAAUCCGCCGCACAUUAGAGGGAAUGACAAAGUGACGGCUGGUGAGACCAAGGAUGGAAGACUCUGUGUGGUCUGCGCACCUUUGGGGCCACUGACAUUCGAAUCAGUGCUUGCUGUUUGGAUCCGGAGAGCCGAUGACGACGGCGCAGAGAGGUGGAUGUUGGACAGGUCACUCCCAUUGCAGGAGAUAGCUGGAAUCGUUCGGUGUGGAUACAAGGAGGAUAAUGUUAAAUUUCAAGUGACUGUUAGGGCGAUUAUUGAUGGCUUUGUGUACUUCUCUGCUUAUUGUGGGGUGUUUCGGCAUCAUCAUUCGACUCUCUGGCUCCUAUCCUUCUGCGUGGAAACAGCGGUGCUAAACAAGCUUGGUCGCAUCCCUAGUGGUGGUUCCUAUCCCUACAUCAUGCCGUGGCCUCGUUCUUUGGUUGGUACACAACAAGGUGACUAA